AGGCUCUAUAUAAAGAACUUCACGUUUGGUUGGUGCGUUCAGUCUGUCAGUUCAAUUCGACCAAGUUUUCACAAGGUUUCACAAAGUCGUUGCAAUAUAAUUAGUGUGAAUUUUAAUUUAUUUUUUCUUUAAAUCUUAAAUAAAUGGAGAAAAUGGAGAAACCUCUUAAUCCACCAGAGUACACCCCACAUCCACAACAUCCACCACCACUGGGAUUUGUGCCACCACAACCUCAUGUUCAAACGACAACAGUCGUAAUGGAACAGGCCGUACACUUUGGACCAAAAUGCCAAAAUGUAACAUGUCCACAAUGUAGACAUCAAAUUUUAACCAGAACGGAAUCUAAGUCAACCACAAGGACACAUUUAUAUGCAUUACUGUUGUGCUUAUUUGGGUGCUGGCCAUGCGUCUGCAUACCGUACUGUGUGGAUUCAUGUAUGAAUACAGACCACUAUUGCCCCAACUGUAACGCAUUCCUUGGAACAUACCAAAGUUAAUUAUUUUUUAUACAUAUAAAAUACUGCGUGUGUAUCUGUAAUUUUAGAUUGUUUUAAUUAAAAUUGGUUAGUUAUUUAUAA